CAAGUACCUUUAAUUAGUUCCCAUCAUUGAGAGGUAGUUCACCCACAUAAACCUGCUUUUUUUUUCACAUUGAUUUCUGUUGCAUCUUCCCUUAUAAAAAGCCAUAAAGUCUCCUCAUACCAAACCAUCCCAGUCAAUCAAAUAGAAGAGUAUUAUCAAGCAGCUUAAUUUCCAAUGGCAGGAGGGAAAGUAGAGAUACUGGUGGUGGUGGUGGUGGUGGCAAUCGGCAUGAUGUUGGGAGGAGCGAAGGCGCAAUCGAGUUGCACAAGUGCGUUGGUGAACCUGUCACCAUGCCUAAACUACAUUCAAGGGAGAUCAUCAACUCCAAGUUCAGGGUGCUGCUCACAGCUUUCAAAUGUAGUGAGAUCAGAACCACAGUGCCUGUGCCAGGUUCUUAGCGGAGGAGCUUCAUCGUCCCUUGGCAUCACCAUCAACCAAACUCAGGCUCUUGCUUUGCCUGGUGCUUGCAGAGUCAACACCCCACCCGUUAGCCAGUGCAAAGCUGCAUCACCAGCAGAAUCUCCAAAUUCAGGAACUAGUGGAGCUGGAAGCGGGACGAUACCCACUACAGAUGGCGGAGCCUCGAGUGGGAAUUCAAUCAAGUUAUCAGUUCCUAUGCUCUUCAUUGUUUUUGCUGCAACAUGUGCUUCAACCUUCAGGAUAUACUGAUUCCUUAGUUUUAGUCCCCUUCAUAGUUAUUAUAGUUUUUCUCUUAUAUAUUGGUCAUGAUUAUUACUAUUGUACCUUCUUUUUUUUUUCUUCUCGAAUAUGUUGUCGUUAUUAUGGAGUUUCCGACUUUCCUUAGGUUAUAUAUUCAUUUUUGUGACUUCUAACUAGCUGCUAGCUAGUGUGGGAUACAUAUACAUGGUCUUGUAUUAUCCUUCCUAUUAUAAAUAUUUUUAUUUUUUAUUUUUUA